AUGGCAAGGACUAAGCAAACUGCCCGUAAAUCUACCGGUGGCAAAGCGCCCAGAAAACAGCUCGCCUCUAAAGCCGCUAGAAAAUCAGCUCCAAUUACUGGAGGAAUCAAGAAACCACACAGGUACAGGCCUGGUACAGUCGCUCUCAGGGAAAUCCGUAGAUACCAAAAAUCUACUGAGCUUCUCAUCAGAAAGCUUCCCUUCCAGAGGCUCGUCAGGGAAAUUGCGCAGGACUUUAAAACCGACCUCCGCUUUCAAUCCUCUGCGGUCCUUGCCCUACAAGAAGCGGCUGAGGCCUACCUGGUUGGCUUGUUCGAGGAUACAAACUUGUGCGCUAUCCACGCCAAGAGGGUCACCAUCAUGCCCAAGGACAUUCAACUUGCUCGACGUAUUCGCGGUGAGAGGUCUUAA